AUGACCGAAGCAACCGCCCUCCUCCCGCCUGCCACACUCCGCCCCGGUCGCCGGGUCACCUUUGACAAUCUCCAGUACGAGGUCGAGGUCAAGGGCGCUGCGUCCCCGCUGCGCAUCCUGCAUGGCGUGAGCGGAUGUGCGAGACCUGGACGACUGCUGGUCAUCAUGGGCGCAAGCGGAUCAGGCAAGACGACACUGCUCGACAUCCUCGCCUGUCGCAAGGCCCAGGGUCUGCUCAAGGGAUCAUUGGCUGCCAAUGGCGUACCGCUACUGGCUGGCCACCAGGCUGCGCUCGCCGAGUACAAGCGCGACAUCGGCUACGUUCUCCAGGACGACCAUCUCGAGGGACUGCUGACUGUCCGCGAGACACUGAUGUUCUCGGCGCGGCUGCGGCUGCGCGGCGUCUCUCAGUCGGACAUGGCAAGCCGCGUCAGCGCUAUCAUCGAUCAGCUCGGCCUUGCCGACGUCGCCGACGCGCUAGUCGGCAACGCCCUCACCAAGCGCGGCAUCUCGGGCGGCCAGAAGAAGCGGGUGGCCAUCGGUGUUGAGCUUGUCACCUCGCCGGGCGCCCUCUUCCUCGACGAGCCUACCACUGGCCUCGAUGCCUUCAACGCCCUCCACGUAGUCCGCAUCCUCAAGGACCUGGCGGUCGCUUCUUCGCGGACCAUCGUCCUCACCCUCCACCAGCCGCGCGCCGCCCUCUUUGAGCUGUUUGACGACCUGCUUCUCCUCUCGCUCGGUCGCACCGUGUACUUUGGCCCGGCUGAUGGUGCCCUCGCCGCCCUCGGCAAGCGGUUCAUCAACCCGGCCGAUGUUCUCCUCGACACCAUCGUCCAGGCUGAAAUGGCCGGCGACGCGCCUCGGCUUUGGGCCGCCGCUGAAGCGGCCGACUCAGCCACCAGGCUCCCUAGUCCCGAGGCUGCGCUCAAUGCCGCCCGCCCGUCACAGUGCGUGCUCUCCGACAGCGAUGGCACGCCUCCCCGCGGCCUGCCGGGCGUGCGAACCCAGAUCGCAACGCUGGUCUGGCGCGAGGUCACUGUCACCCGCCGCUCGCCCUUUACCACCCAUGUCCGCCUCGCGCAGACGCUCUUCAUGACCCUCCUCGUUGGCACUCUCUACUGGCAAGUCGGCCGCUCGCAGGCCUCCAUCCAGUCGCGGCUUGGCGCCCUCAUGUUUGUCCUCAUCCAGAACGCCUUCUCCACCUUUUCCAUCAUGCAGACCUUUAUCGAGCACCGCCCGCUCUUUCAGCGCGAGCGUGGCGCCGGCCUCUACCACCCGCUUGCCUACUUUAUCGCCCGCACCGCCAUCGAGCUCCCGCAGACCUUCUUCUGGCCGUCGCUCCAGCUCUCCAUCGCCUACUGGAUGGUCGGCUUUGUUCCGGGCCUCACCCACUUUGUCACACUCCUCGGCGCCGUUGUCCUCACCACCACCGUCUCGGCUUCGCUCAUGCUCGCCACCGGCGCCGCCUGUCCCGGCGCCCGCGUUGCGCAGAUCAUCGGCUCCGUCACCCUUGUUCUCGGCUUCCUCUUUGCCGGCUUCUUCAUCAAGGCCUCCCAGGUCCCGGCGCCCUACCUCCCGCUCCUUGAGCUCUCAUUCUUUCGCUACGCCUUUCGCAUCGCUGUCCACAACGAGUUUGAGAGCCUCACCUUUGACUGCGGCGACAACAUCCUGACCUGCAUUCCUGACGGGCCGGCCUUUCUGCAAGGCUACGGCAUGGCGAGCGUCAAUCUCCCGCUCUGCUUUGGCAUCCUUGCUGCCGAGAUCGUCGCUUUCCGCGCUCUCGCCUACCUCUUUCUCGUCACUAUGUACCGUGAGCGCCGCUGAUCUCGCCCCGUCCACCGCUCCGCUUUCGCGGCUCGCCCGACGCCGACCCGGCGUCCUCCGCCUCCCGAUCGCGCUCGUCCUUCCGUCGCCGCUUCUGUCCGCGCUUUCUCUGCUUUCGCACCCGCCGCCGGUGGCCCUGCGACCGCAUGUGCGCUUUCCACUCAUGCUCGCCGCGGAGCGUUCG